ACCCCAGCUGGUGGCUGAGGGAACAUCGCUUCUUCAAUAGCUGAACUGGAUCCUCAUGUUGUUGUGGUCAUUGCUGAUCAUCUUAGACUGGCUGACCCUUCUGACCCCCGCCUCUGUCUUUGAAGGAGACAGUGUAGUUCUGACAUGCCAGAGGAAAGGGGACUGGAAAGUAAAGACUAUGACUUAUUACAAGGAUGGAAAAGUGUUACAAUUUUCAAAUAAGGCCUCAAGCUUCCCCAUCCCAAGUGCAGUUUUGAGUGACAGCGGCAACUAUCACUGCACUGCUACUGGAAGAAAAUACUUCCAGAAGACAGACAUUUCAACAAUAGUAAAUAUUGAAGUCCAAGAACUAUUUCUACAACCGGUGCUGACAGUCAGCCCCUCCUGGCCCACUGAGGGAACGCCAGUGACCCUGACCUGUAAGACCCAGCUCUCUCCACAGAGAUCCUAUGUCCAGCUCCGGUUUCGCUUCUUCAGAGAUGGCCGAGCCCAAGGGUCAGGCGGGAGCAGCUCCCCAGAGCUCCAGAUCCCUGCCAUGUGGAGGCAAGACUCAGGGUCCUACUGGUGCAAGGCAGAAACAGUGACCCAGAGUGUCAGAAAAUGGAGCCACCGAUCUCCAAUUCACGUGCAGAGUGUCCCGGUCUCUAAUGCCACCCUGGAGACCCAGGCUCCCGGGGGACAGGUGAUCGAAGGCAGGACUCUGGUGUUACUCUGCUCAGUGGCGGAGGGCUCAGGAAACAUCACAUUUUCCUGGCACAGAGAGGCUGCAGGAACCAGCCUGGGAAGGAAGACCCAGCCCUCCCUGCGGGCAGAGCUGGAGAUCGCAGCCGUGAGGGAGCGCGAUGCCGGCCAGUACUACUGCGGAGCUGACAACGGCCAUGGUGCCAUCUGGAGCAAGAUGGUGACUGUCCCUGUGAGAAUCCCAGUGUCCCGCCCCGUCCUCACCCUCGGGGCUCCCGGGGCCCAGGCUGCAGUGGGGGAUGUGCUGGAGCUCCGCUGUGAGGCCCAGAGAGGCUCUCCCCCGAUCCUGUACCGCUUUUAUCACGAGAAUGUCACCCUGGGGAACAGCUCAGCCCCCUUUGGUGGAGGAGCAUCUUUCAACCUCUCUCUGACGGAAGAGCAUUCUGGGAACUUCUCCUGCGAGGCUGACAACGGCCUGGGGCCCCAGCGCAGUGAGGCGGUGCCUCUCAGUGUCUCAGGGAUUGGUGGCUAUAGAAGAAACCUUGUCACAGUCAGCGUUCUUGGGGGACUGUUUGGUGUCCUUGGUUUCGUUGCUGUUGCUCUAUUUUAUCACUGUUCCCACAAGAUAUCAGGAGGAAGUUCUGUCACUGACGCACUCAGAGAUGCUUCCGGACCAAACCCACAAGAGUCCCCCGGCUCCAGCCCACUCCCAGCCACCGAGGAGCUACAGCCUGUGUAUGCCAAUGUGGACCCUGUAGAGGCGGAUGUAGUUUAUUCCCAGGUCUGGAGCAUCCAGCUUGCAGAGGGCUCAGCGAGCACCAGAAGGACAUUCCUGGAGAUUCAGGACUCCCAAGUUGUCUACUGUGACGUGAAGAAGACUUGACGCUUUGAGCGAUCAGCAAGAAAGAUCAGCAACAAGGAUGGAACAGCACUAAGGUUGCAUAUCAGACCUAAUGAAAAUGCCCAAGUCUCAGAACCUCAGAAGCCACAGACAGAAUGUGCUGCAGACAAGCCACCUGUGUCAUCAUUUUUGUCCUCAUCAUGUUCCCAAUAUCUUCUAUUCACUAAAUACUUAUUGAACUUCCACAACAUCCCAGACACUGUGUAAGAAAAUUAUUUCUGCUGUCUUUUCUUAAGCUAUCAGUGUUCGGAGCUGAGAAAGAAGAACUGAAGACCUACUCUGAGGUGAUAUGAAGAGUAUCCACUUCUGGGCUUUUCUUUCCUUCCCCAGCUAGGACUCCAUUGUCUUUUGUCUCCACAGAGAUCUCAAGCUUUAAGUGGAAUCCUCUCUUGCUAACGUGAGGGUUGAGAUGGUGGGAGGAAAUAGCAGCUUGACUUUGCACGUCAUAUUUGUCCAUUCUUGAAUGGAUGGUUUUACGUUGAUUCACUCUGGCGUAGAAUUAACAAGGGUCUUUGUGCCUUUUUGAGAUGCUGAAUGUUUUACACCUGUCACUACCAUCACAUAGGGAAUAAAACCACAGCCUCUGCAACCGCCUCACCUGGGUGACAGCCCAAUUUCAUCCCCCACUAAUUGUGUGGUCUUGAGCAAACUACUUAACUUCCCUGUGCCUCAGUUUCUUCAUCUCUAAAUAGAGAUAACCCAUGGGUUAUUAUGAAGAUGAAACAAAUAUUUAUAAAUUGCCUAGAACAAUGCCUGGCAUAUAAAUAGCACCAUUUAAGUCUUCAUUAAAUAAAAUAUGCCUAGUUAUCA